AUGCGAUACGUUUCAUUAUUCGUUUCAGAUGAAUCUUUGAUUACAGAUAUUUAUCAAUAUAAAAAUAAUGACCUUGAAUCUGGUAAUAAUCCUUCUGAAAAUAACGAAACCUCAAGUUCUAACAUUGAUAAUGUGUUGUUGAUGCAUAUUUUAUUGUCUGCUAUGUAG